AUGUCGGAGACGGACAUGCGGUUGCGUCUCGUGGUGCGUAGAGAUGGCCUGCCAGAGAAUCGGUUCUUGUGGCAUGUGCCACUCGAGAAUGACCCGACCAUCUCAAAGCUGCUCGAGAAAGUGAACGAAACCAUACCCUUAGAAAUCGGCCAGAGGGGGUUAGAAGAUUACGCGGUUGAGCUACGGGAUAAUGAUGGUACUAGUUUUGAGUGUCUGCACUUUCAGUCGGUGCGGACCAUCCUCAGACCUGAUGAUCGAGUCUUCAUUCGAGCCCUCGAAAAAGACGACAACAGGCAAAGACGACUGAGUGGUCGGCAUCAGAUCUCCACCGACGGCAGAAGGCUCAUCGACGGUAUUCCUUUCGGCCGCCGCCUCCUCAGGCCACCCGCCGGCCGACCGCCCCUUGACGUUCCUACCGUUAAACGCCCCAGGCUCGCGUAUGCUCAAGGAUAUACUAAUGACGGUUGCGAUGACGACGACAACGAUCCCACCACGCUUUUCCUUACAAACGGCGACCUGCCUGCAGAUCUAUCAGCCGCUUCGGAUGCUGGUGGUGGUAAUCUGGAAGAUAGUGACUUCGAGGCCGAAGAAGAGGAUGACGACUCCGACGAGCAUUACGAAUCUGAUAGCUACGAUCGACGGAAUUCGACCUCAUCAAACGACGAGGAAGAGGAUCUUGCGGCCGAGCUCCGGCAGCUAGCAACAGAUAAUACGGUAUCGGAAGAACAGGAGGGGACAUCGCAAAUAACAUCUUCUCGUGUCGACGCCCCAAGCAACAAAAUAUCAGCACUGCAGGCUGCAUUCCCGUCAGCACCGAUAGGCAUCUGCCAGAAAGUGUUAGCCCGAUCUGGGAAUGACCUUAGAGAGGCCUACGGCUCCCUAAUCGAUGCAUUCCCGCCAAAGCUGCCACAAUCCGCAUUGUCAAUAUGGCAGUCAUCUAGGAACGACGCUCCAGAUGCGAAAAGUCCCUCAGCCAAAACUCCGUCCCUGGCGCUCGUAGGUCAAAUUAACCGUGACGAACAGACACAUGAAAGCCGAUCUGGCGAGGAUAGUGAAGAACCUGUAUCGGCCCUAGUGCAACAAUACGACUAUCGCGGACUUCCUCCCGGCUCCAUUACAUCAGGUGAAGGGCUCGCUCAGAUGGCUGCUAUCUCUGGUGCUUUCACUAGUAAGAAGACUGGUGAGAGUAAGGGUACGUCUAACACAGUGGAUGGCGACAAGACCAACCUUGGGAUCACUGUCGGUGACGAUGACGACACUUCAAGUAGUGCUGUCGGUUCUACAUUGGAGGACGAGAGCUCCGAUGAGAGUUCCGAGGCGGAGAGCGAGGGUGAACCUAACGAGGAAGCAUCUUCACAUAGCAGUGAUGACAGCGGCGACGAUAACAACGACAACAUUGAUAGUGAUAGCGACAGUAGUGGUGGCGUUGAAGGCGAUCUUCCGCAAGGAUUGACCAGUUCUCCCUCAAGCAGUUCGGAAAGCCAAACCGAUGACGAUAGCAGCGACAAUAGCAAAGAUGUCCCUGAGGAAAUGACCACGCAGCCUAAGCCUAAGAGUGCUGCGAAAGUUGGUAAGCAGAGUACCAUCAACCACGACGAAAACCCCAUUGGUAGGGGAAUGCCAACUUCUAAGGACGACUCUGAAAAUAAGAAACACACCUCAGUCGACACACGAUUAACACUCGAAAGUCAGUCCAAUACAGAACAUACUAGCGCCUGCGCGGUGCCGACGAAGCCGUACGUUGUUCCAGAGUCAUCAGCCAAGUGCACAACACAGACGCAGCCCCUUCGAAAUUCACCAGUUGGGCCCCUGCCGAUGGGGCCAGCACCACCUGGGGCAGGUAAGGAGAGUACAAAGAAGCGGAACGCCCGGCGCAAGGCUGCAAAGGCAGCCAAGAAGCUGGCGCAGCAAAAUAAUGCUCUCGACGCCUCGCCUGCCGGCCCAGAUUCCCAGUCCCUGACCCCCGCCUCGGGCGUGAAGGCUCUUUUCGAAGCCAAGCGAAGGGAGCUACUGGCGGCAAUUUCUAACGGCGGGAUUGAGGUUGACUCGCCGAGCCAACCUACACAAUGUAAUGAUUUUUCGGGGGCGUCCACAUCCGGAAAACGAAAACGCGCCAGACCUAAUGCCUCCGAUCAGCUCACCAGACAAGCGUGUUCUCCACCCCACGAAACGCACAUUAAGGACGACGUUCAGUCCGCAGGUCCCUCCUCUAAGCGACCUUGCUUGGAUGUAAGUACCGGCCGGAGACUGCUUUUCGGUGCACUCGGUCUCCGCAAUCCGAAAACGCAUGACGAUGAAAUAGAGUUGCGGGCGAAGCUGACGGCCGGUAUUCGACCGCUACAGAAUCAAAGAUCUGAAGAAGAGAAUAAUACGGUCCGAGGAGAUCAAAGGAAUCGUGGACCUGCAGACGACAGCCUGGAUUAUAUUUGGAAAGAAAGGAUCAUCUACCGAGCGGUUGAAUGCUGUCAUGAAGGGAUCGAGCUCGGCGAACCGCCCUUUCCCUUUGUCCAGCGUUGGGAUCCCCAGCAACAAGGUUCCUGGUUUCAGAAGAACAAACGCGGUGGUCAAGGCAAGCGAGCGCAACGCAAUCAGGCUCAUUUCUACCAUGGAACCAAUUCUGGCCAAAAACGCAAAUAUGAAGAAUUCGUGUCGCGGGACGAGCAAGGCUACGAUGCUACGUUCAAUGGUUUCGAUGAUACUGUUCGUGACGCCGAUGUUGAACUUAAUUACGACGAUGAGCACCAGGACAGUCAGCAGGAGGGGAUAGAGGAGCAGACCAAUAACGCAAGCCAGGAUACAGACAUGGAUGAUCUCCCGUCCUUGCCUUCCAACUUAUCGUCUCUCCCCAUUCUCCGCCCAGGAAAAGCUCAAGUAGGAAUGGUCAUCACAUGGCAGCAGUGGUCAUGUUCUUCGGCCACGAAUUGGCAACCACAACUAUCUGAUGUUACCGGCGUCAUAGUUAGAAUUGACGAUGACGCUACCAGCUUGGAAGUCUGCAUUGCCAAAAGGGAUCGCCGUCUCGAUCGAAACGAGAAGCGGUACGACCAGAAUACAGGUCAAAGAAUCUAUGACAGAUUCGAAGGACCGGACCUUGAUGAUGACGAUGACGAUGGCGAAGACGAAGGAUACCGGACUAUCAGCUUUGCCGAGAUACAACAACCCAGAAUUCUACAACAACCAUUAUCCACUCUACGUGGUGAAGAGCUCAAGGACGAUGUCAGCCGGGACGGGAAAGCUCGGAAGGGCGGGCAGCAGCUUGUGCCGGCUGAGGACGAGCGGCACACAGCUGCCGGAGUAGAUUCACAUACACACGCCGACUCAGCACCUGCUAGGCUAGUCGGCGAGCCAACGAAGGAGUUUGGCCAGGAUACGGCGACCAGCCACUCAUCAACCGGGUUCGGCGCGUAUCAAUCCGGACAGGGCGGGCAAGCUCAUGACAUAAUGAUAUCCGAUUUAUCACGGAUCAGCAGCCCCUCCCGGCAGCUCCACGAGAGCACAAGCCAAGCUAUCGGUGUAUCUGUCCGAGGAGUCCCCGACUACAACGAUCUUGACCCUGACCCCGCUAACUCAGGCUACCCUAGUGCCGGUCAGUCAUCAGGCCCCCUGUUCGGGAGUAACGAAGAUGAUGUCGUCGCUGGCACACCACAGGUCGUCAAACCCAAAUUUACCGCUGCUUCGUCUGUUAGCAGCCCCCGUAGUGGGAGGCAGCCAGACUACGCGCUUGACGACGGCUCGGUAGAGCCGGACUCGUACAAAACCACUGACGACGGCGCAUGUGCUGGCCACGAUGAGCCGUACAAUGGGGAGUACGAAGACGCUAUGUCAACCCCAACGCCCAAGUCCAAAUUUCAAGUGUAUCCAAGCAUUGAUCACGAGGAAGUGGAGGCAGAUAUUGGGAGCACUUUGAAGGGAAAUCCUUCAGUUUCUGGCGCCCUUUCAUCGCUCGAUGUCGCAUGGUGCACGGAGCCUACUUCUCAUAGCGCGCAGAGCCAAUCCGGACCCCUCUCCCCGUCCUUGCGGAUAACGCAAAACUCCGAGGCCCAAGGAGACUUGGAGUACAGCAGAUCGGUGCGGGAGCUGGACGAGUUGCCGAAAAAUCGAGAAAGCUCAUUGAGAAUUUCUAAUAGCGUUGAGCCGACAACCCAAGAGGAUCCUCUUAACAUCAUCAUCAAAACGUCCCCGCCUUCCUCACAGCCGAUUCAAACCUUGGGCAUCGACCGGACUGGAAAACGGAAAUCACCCAGACGGUCAUCUCAAUUCACACUCCCCCCCGGAACCCAAGUGAUAGAACUAUCUUCGGAUGUAGAAUCAGUUUACGCCGAGGAUUAUGCGGACGAUGAGGUAGACCAGACAUACUCACCUCGGCCAGGUACCCCAUCCAGAGAUGGCGGAUGGGUUCCUAAGAAGAAUAUGGGCGACGACCCUAGCAACCGGCUGAGUUCGACAGCACCUAUAAGAUCUGAGACGAAAAAGGAGCGAUACUUGUCUUCGUCCCAACCCAUCCCGACGUCGAAUCUCAGGCAGGUCAAGCCUCGGAAGAAGUCCACCUCGCGGUUCUAGCCCAGCCCUUGCAGAGGAACUGCAUGUCUAACAGGGGGCGAGGUAUGGCCAAUAUAGCAUUGGGACAAGGGGCAAUGGGCAGGGAGAUUCCACUUUUUUCAGCAUAUAUCUUAAUAAACAACUAACAUGCCGAGGUGUCGGCUUUGUUAGCGGUAGUGUGAAUUGAAGUUUCUAGACAAGAUUUCCGGUGCUGGCAUACAUGGUACGUUUCAUGAGCAAGAUGCAGUGUGUUGUCUCCGGCAUGAGCAAA